UCAUGAUAUAAAAAGUCCGCAUAUGUCAAAAAUUAUGUUUUAAUGAUUUUUUCUCUUCAUAUUUAUAUUAGAUUUUCACUCAGAUUAAUUUUAAUUUUCUUUAACAUGAUUUUAAGUAUUUACGCAUUGUUGUUAAUUAGUUUAGCUAAAAACUAUACGUGUGUGCAAAUUGAUAUGAACAAUAUAACAAUUGAUAUUGCAAGAGAACAUAUACAUAACCACGAGACAAUGUUACAUUUUGUAAUACGGAACAGUUCUGUGUAUACUAGUGCUAAAGUUUCAAUCAAAAACUUCAAAGAAAGCUAUCUAAAUGACGACAUUGAUAAUCCUGUACCUUUGGAUGAAGAAUAUUUAGGUUCAGCUCCUCGUUUAUUUUACCGCACGCCUGCUGUUGGAAGAACCUUACAAGAAAUUACUGAUCAAGCCAUACAAGAAUAUAACGAUCCAAUGGAAGCCAUAGUUUGGCUUAGAAAUGUUAUUGAAAGUGUUGGAAUUACAGCAUUAAUUCAAUAUAGUCAAUUUACAGUAAAAACGUUAAACAACAUACUAGAUGAUCACGAGAAGUUUAUUGACCAUUUUAAUAAGGCCACAACUUUUUUCAUUUUUCUAUCAAAAAAAUUUAGUGAUUAUCGUUUACGUCAAGAUCCGAUUAAUCAAAUAAUUUUAAUGUUUAAUGAAUAUAACCAAUCUCAAAAACUGAAAAAAGAUAAACAAAAAUUCAUUAAACUUAGCAAUGAUUUUUUAACACGUUUUAUAAUGUGUAUGAGGUUGGUAACGAUGCCAAGAGAUCCAUAUAUAACCAAAAUUUUUGAACUACUCCAAAGCAGAAAUUUAACUAAAUUAAAAUCUACACAUGAUAUACCAAGUUAUUUAAAGAUACUACAGCAUAUGUUCUAUUCUAGUAUAAAAUGUCAUGCAAAAAUGUUAAAAGAUUCAGAAAAUACUAAUGAGUUAAAUUUAAAACUAUCUUUAUGAAUAUCUAAAAACUGUGUUUUAUUUGUUAUUUAAUAAUUCCAAAUAGUUUUUUUUUUCAUAUAUAAUUUUUUCCAUAAUUGACGUUAUAUUAAUGUGAAAUGAAAUUAACGUAAGUUUAAGUUAACUUUACAAUAUUUUUCAAGUUGAGCAGCUCAAAUGUAUGUUACAAUGUUAUAAUUUUUAUAU